CCGGUGCGUUGUCUAUCUGAUCCUUCAAUCUGGUCGGGAGCUAAAUUCAAACAAUCAGGGAAAGCUUCUGUUCCAGACGGGCUUGAUCUGCAUGAGCUACAUCAAAUCACCACCGCGCAGAAAGAAUUCCCUGAUCGUCUUGUUCUCCAGCCGCCAACCAUUUCGCGGACUCUUCUCGUACAGGCCCUGCUAACCUGCAGUUCGUUUGAUGAACAAACGAAUCUCCUCUUUCGUUCAAUGUCGGUCACUUCAUCUGAUCUUUUGGCGCGUGCUGUAUUUGUGCAAAAUCUUACCACAUGCAUGCGCCGCUCGUGGCCAGACAUCGACUUUGUGGUUCAUGGCUCACACGCCAACGGUCUUAUCUGCCGGACUAGCGACCUUGAUCUACUCAUGGUCCCCGGGGACAUCAGAAUGCUACCUCAGCCUCUUGGUGGCGAUAGUGGAUACGCCAAGCAGGCACACCAUUUGCGUGUAUUACGAAGCUUCAUGCGCUCCGCCGAUCCGUUAGCUCGACUCCAAAGCAAUUUACUGCAGAGUCGCUUCAAUCUCCUCCACAUUUCCGUGGUGCCUAUGCUUGGUAUCCCAGCUGACAUUUGUUUUCCAAUACAACCGAUUGAGUUGUUACAGCGCGUCUCUUCCCUAUAUGAUCGCCUUAAUACAGUAUAUGCCCCCCGAAUUCCUGUAAUUAUGCUUAUCAUCAAGCAUCUAGCUCGUUUAGCCGGUUUGAUCCAAUCCGGGCCGUCGCAAUAUUUCACUAGCUUUAAACUCUACGCUCUGUUGCUACACUAUCUUCAAGUGAACGGCUUCGCACCUGCAUUAAACCAUCUAAUGGCAGAGGAGGAGCUGCCGCCUCCGCUUUCUUCAUCUUGCCCCCUGUCUAGGAGGCAAGAGAUCAGCUGGCCCGAGCAAUCUGUUUGGCCUGAUUCAACCGCUGCCUUGCUGACCGACUUCUUCUGCUACCUGGUGGGCCUUAAGCCAACCUUGGUGACUCUUUGCCUAGCCUCCGGUCGGCUUUUACCGAGGCAGGCUGCUCAAAACAAUCGGUUUUUGGAUGUGCCGAAUCCAUUUAAACUUGGCUGGAACAUCUUGCAUGGAAUCGGUCGGUCCGAAUGGUCCAGUUUUCUCAGCUGGAUUCAGCGUUUGCAACCGUUUCUCAAUCGUGCUGAGCAUCUUGCUCAUGGAGAGGUGUCGAUUGAAGGGGCUUCGUCGGUAGCUGGCAUCCACUCAAACAAACUAGCUAUGGCUCAUCUUGUACGAAGUAAAAUGGAGUCACCAAUUUGGGGUAUUCCGGCCAUGGAGUCCAUCCAACUACGCUCAAAUUGCAUUAAAGAACAUGAAAAUAAACUUAUUUUUUGA